AUGCGUUUACGGGAGCGGAGAAGCGAGAGGAGCACUGCCCUCACGGGCUUGAGUUUAAAUACCAUGAAGCUUAACAGUACAGCACGUUGGUUAGCCAGCGGCUGCUGCUACAAUCAAGCCAACCAAGGCCACGUGGAGGCUGUCAAGGAACUCCUGGAGAAGGGCGCUGACCCCAACCUGAAGGAUAAUGCUGGGUGGACCCCUCUGCAUGAGGCGUGUAACCUGGGUCACCUGCCGGUUGUGGAGGUGUUGGUCUCAGGGGGGGCCCUGUUGAAUACUCCCGGCUACAGAAAUGACUCUCCACUCCACGAUGCUGUGAGGAACCGACACCCAGCCAUCGUCAAACUGCUGCUGCAGCAAGGCGCCUCGCAGAACGUACUUAAUCAGUGUGGAAAGCGGCCUGCAGAUUACGCAGCGAGUCCAGAGAUGCUGGAGAUUUUCCAGGAAGCCUCAGAAGGGAACCAAUGUGCAAACACAGCUCUCAGCCCCUCUGCUCUCUCUAUGGUGAGCGACUGUGUGAGGAGGGAUGAAAUGACCGUGUUUCUGACCUCUAAGCUGUCACAAGCGGAACAGCUCCAAGUGGCCAAACUGCGAGAGCUACUGGAAGGGAGGAUGGCCGACACCUUCUCUGGCUCAGUGAGCCAUGUCGUGGUGCCAGAAGGACACAUGCCCACCACCAGCUCCACCCUCAUGGGUCUUCUUGCCGGCUGCUGGGUUGUCAAAUUCAGCUGGGUGGAGGCAUGUCUGCAGGCAGGCGAGUGGAUGCCCGAAAAUGAGCACGAAGCGGGAGAAGGCCCACAGCGAAGUCGCAUCAACAGAUGCAGCUUGGUAAUUGAGACGCACACAAAUAAACUCAUCUAA